CGCGAACACCACGACGGACGAAUCGCGACCGAAAGAAUUCACACCGCUGCGUCACGUGCACCGCCGCGAAAACACAUCGCGACCCGAGCCUUGCCGACCCUGGGACCGAACCCAGCCAGCGUAUAAGAGCGGGCCCCGGGCCUCGGGCCCGCCGCAUUUUCGUCCGUUUUUCGAUCGAACGCGCGUCGUCGUCGCGGCACUGGCAUUCUCGCCUCGGUUCGAUCGUCGCGCCCCCACCUCGCCGAUAACUCACUCGGCUGCCGGCAGAAUUUUCCGUCCCGCCUUCCGAUGUGCCUUCGUCGAUACGCGGCUGGUUCAUGAGACAAACUUCCGCCGGUUCCAUCGUUCCAUCGUGCAACCUUAAUACAAAAGCUUUCGUCGCCGGUAUCGUGCGUUCCCGUGGAUCUAGUCGGGAGGAGUAGGAGGCGUUCGAGGUUCGGCAGUCGUAACACUUGUUGGAUGCGACGAUGGCGCUGACUGACCGAAUCAUGCUGACCGAUUGGGAUACGCUCCCCUCGCUCAAAGUGGGCGACUUCACGCUCGAGGUGGAGAUCGGCCCACCAUCCGCGGAGUUGCAGGAAGUCGCGAAGAAGGAACUUCGGGAGACGUCGGAACUCCAGCAAGAAUCGAUGGACAGACUUAGGGAAUUGCUGAAAGGCGAGACAGACUUGAAGUGUCCUCUGGAGAACGACGCCUGGCUGAUCCGGUUCCUCAGGCCGUGCAAGUACUACCCAGAGUCUGCCCUGAAUCUGGUGAAGAAUUACUACAGCUUCAAGGUGAAGCACGCGAACGUGUACGACGGCCUGAAGCCUAGUCGGGAGAAGAAUAUCUUCGAGCAGAACAUCAUGUACGUGCUACCGAAUCGGGACCAGCAUGGCCGAAGGAUACUGGUGCUCGAGCUCGGGAAGAAAUGGAAGCCCAGCAAGUGUUCCCUGGACGAGGUGUUCAAGGGCUGCGUCCUGUACGUGGAGGCCGCCAUGUUGGAGCCCAGCACCCAGAUAGCCGGCGCUGUGGUGAUCUUCGACAUGGAAGGACUCACUCUCCAACAGGCUUGGCAGUUCACCCCUGCGUUCGCGAAGAGGAUACUGGAGUGGUUGCAGGAGGCGGUGCCUUUGAGGAUCAAGAAUAUGCACAUCGUUAAUCAACCCUAUGUGUUCAACAUGGUGUUCGCGUUGUUCAAACCGUUCUUCAAAGAGAAGCUGAGGAGCAGGCUCAUCUUCCAUGGCACUGAUCGCAAGUCAUUACACACGUACAUCUCGCCUAAAUGUUUGCCCAGCUGUUACAAUGGCACUCUGCAGAUCCCACGUGUUACUGGACCUCAAUGGCUGGAACUGUUGCUACUGUGCGAUAAAGAAUUCGAUGCGAUCAACUCGUACGGAUACAAGAAAUAAUUCAGCUGUCUCGACAUACCUUCAGAAGGGCAAAGAAAACCAAUGGUUCGGUCGAAAAUCGACAUACCGAAUCGAUUUUCGAGCAACGAUGUUGGCUGUGCAUUCUUUUGUUGUUGCGCUGUGCUAAAACCGACAUACGGCCUACAUGCUUACUUAUAGUCGGCUAAUCGUUAGUUCAUCCUCUACAACGUUAACUGUACUUUUGUAAGAUGCACGGAAUGGAGUACAAAUUGUUCUCCAGUUUGUCGCGUAGUCCUCGAUCUGUAUUAUUACUGGAAGGAAAUUAAUCGAAUUGUCCGUAGAAUUUUAUAUGCGUUACGAAAUAGGGUAAUUUUAUAUAUUCUUAUUUUUCAUCUAUUACUUCCCUAUCGUUUAAACCGUGAUUUAAAAAUUUAUUUUCCUUUUUUUUUUAUAUAAAACAGCGAGUGAGGAAAAGGUACCUCUGGCUAUUCAGACAGCGCAGAGUUCGUUCGACGAUGAUAAACUUGCUGACAUAGACGAACGAUUUAGGAUUUAUCGUUGUUAACUUAUUAUUUUUAAAAGCUCUCCGUCAUCUCGGAAGCUACCGCCAGCCGAUGCGUUUCGUGAAUUACGUUGUCGACCUGUUAGUUAAUUUAUUAAGACAAUUAAGGUUUAUCCCAAGGGUGUACGCUUAUACAGUAUGUACGUGAUAGAUAUUAAAGACACGAGUAAUUACAAUAUACGAAUUUUUCAACCAAA